AUGCCUCCUAAAGUAGAUUCUAAAACUAGCGAAAGUGAUAAGGAGAUUCAGGAUACUAAACUGUCUAUCUUAAUUGCUAAACGUGAAGCUAUAUUCGGUAUCAUGCAAAAUGUCUUUGACUUAUCUCGUGAACCCGAUGUUCAUACGAACGUUGAAAAAAGAGAACAUUUUCUAGACGAAUCUUCACAAAUUGAUUCAUUGCGUUUAAAGUACGAGUCUAUUGUAGACGAUUAUAAUACACGUUUAUUAAACUUAAAUUCAGAUGCAAAACCUGAUUACAAAAGUCUGUAUGCUUUUGAGACUUUGUAUAAUAGGGUCAAACGAACUCAUACAAAAUGCUCAACUUUAAAUACGACACCAGAAAUACAUAAUGCGACCUCCGCGCUGCUAAAAGCCAAGCCGAAGCUAGCUCCCAUAUCGAUAUUAGAAUUCGAUGGUGACAUUAAAUCUUUUCAGAUGUUUUAUACGACCUUUAAGUCAGUAGUAGAUAAUAAUCCAUCACUCACAGAUGCAGAAAAGCUAUUUUAUCUGUUACCGAAGCUGACAGGGAAGGCAAAAAGCGCAAUCGCUGGAAUUUCUCCGUGUGCUGAGAAUUAUCAGCUCAUUUUACAAACACUCGUCAAUAGGUUCGAUGAUAAACAACGUUUUAAGUGCGUCAAGGAGAAGAAUGCCUGUGUGAACUGCCUGUCUAUAAAACAUAAAGUCGGGCAAUGUGAAGUCUCCCCGCACUGUUCGUGUGGUCAGAAACAUAACAAAAGGCUGCACUUUGACCAACGCGAGGAACAUUCCCGCGCGCCUCAGUUGAAUACCGUCAUGCCGCCACCGAACGCACCUACCGUUACCGCGUCAUCGCCCGUAGCGGAUGAUCGCGCCGACGUAGCACUGUGCGCUACGCGCGUAAGCCCGUCUACAAGCGCUACGCAGGUGUAUAAUAGCAAUUUGAUGAAUCGUGUGGAAGACAAGCGAACUACUGUCUUAUUGGCUACCGCACAAGUUGCUGUUUACGACUGUAAUGGUGAACGGCAAGUUAUACGUAUUCCGCUUGCCGAUGCGAGUUACGGCGUACCUGAUAAAAUUGAUGCUUUAAUAGGAGCUUCCCUAUUUCCACAUUUGCUUCUCCCCGACGACGUCCAUACGUCACGUCGCGACCCGUCGGUGCCCGUUGCAUUGCGCACGGUGUUAGGUCUGGUGUUCAUGGGCAAUGCGCCUACGAUACCUACUAUAAAUACUCAUACGGCCUUGACAUGUUGUUUCGUUCAAGAGCCUCCUGCUAUUGACUCUUUAGUCAAGCGUUUCUGGGAACUUGAAGAACUUCCUUCCGCUUCCAUUCAGAAUCCUGAUGAUAAUGAAUGCGAAGACUUCUACACUUCGACUACUGUCCGAGAUCCCGAUACGGGCAGAUACGUUGUCGGCCUGCCAUUUAAAGAGGAUCUAUAUUCCCUAGGGAAUUCUUUGGACAUAGCUAAGAAACGUUUCAUCUGCCUCGAAAGAAAGCUUGAAGCUUCGAAUAAAUUGAGGUCGGCAUAUGAUGACGUCAUAAAAGGUUAUCUCGCGAAAGAUUAUAUUUCUCCCGCGCCUUCAUAUGAUUCUAAAGAUCCCGUUCCGAUUUACGUGAUGCCACACACGGGGAUUUUACGUGAAGACAAACUCUCGACGAGACUGAGAUUAGUCGUCGAUGCUUCUUGUCGUUCUAGUUCUGGAAAGGCACUGAACCAUCUGCUACAUUCCGGUCAAAAUUUACAGGGAGAUCUUUUUAAAAUAAUUUUGAAUUUUCGUCUGCAUGCAGUGGCAAUGACAGCCGACUGCCGAGAACAGUUUCUACAAAUCGUUAUGCGCGAAGCUGAUCGUCGCUAUCAAUGCUUCUUAUACCGCUUUAAUCCACAAGACCCUCUUGUGCUAUACCAGUUCAAUCGAGUCUGUUUCGGUCUCACUUCCAGUCCCUUCCAUGCACUGCGCACGGUAAGACAGCUGGUGAAUGACGACGGCGCAAAAUAUCCACGAGCGAAUAGCAUUGUGCUACCCGCGCUUUAUAUGGAUGACGUAGCUUUCUCGCUUCCAAGCGAACUAGAGGCAGUCACUGUGUCGCUGCAGAUGAUCGAUCUUUUUAAGGGUGCACAGUGGGAAUUAGUUAAGUGGAACAGCAAUUCUCGCGAGGUCUUAGAUAACCUUCCUGCGUCCCACAAACUUCCGACUGAAGUGGAGUUUGACAAAACCAUGCACCAUAAAAUACUUGGUCUGCAUUGGUCUACUGGAAAUGACGCUUUCUAUUUUAAAAUUUCUAUGCCCGACGAUGUGACAUGCACUAAGCGCUCCAUCUUGUCGACUGUUGCCCGUCUGUGGGACAUAAUGGGCUUCGUUGCUCCCACAGUCGUGUAUGCCAAAAUAUUAAUUAAAAUGCUUUGGCAAUUAAAUCUUGAUUGGGACACUGUAGCUCCACCACACAUCAUUAAGAUGUGGAGACAGUUUUGCGAUGAGUUGCCAGCUCUAAAUAAGCUACACAUACCGCGUCAUGUGGGCGUGACAACAGACUGUGAGGUCACUCUCCUGGGACUAUCAGAUGCUAGUCUCGCAGCCUAUGGUGCUGUCGUUUAUUUACACGUUAGCUCCCCUACUGGUAACACUGUGCGUCUUGCUUGUGCGAAAAGUAAAGUUUCGCCGACGAAACCUCAUUCAAUUGCUCGUCUCGAACUAUUAGGUGGCGUCCUACUGUCGAAAUUGCUUCGUACAGUACAUGACACUUACUCUGAGCGUAUCCCAAUCAAGGCUACAUAUGCAUUUCUCGAUUCCAAAGUCGCCCUAUAUUGGAUAAAAAGUUCACCGCAUAGAUGGCAGACUUUUGUCGCGAAUCGCGUUGUACAGAUAACUGAGAAUAUCUCACCAGACAACUUUUAUCAUUGCCCUGGCACUGAGAACUCUGCUGAUAUUCUAUCGAGAGGUGUAACUCCUGAGAAGCUUCUCUCACACCCUCUGUGGCUGCAUGGUCCACCAUGGGCAUCAAUGCAUCCGUCUCAGUGGCCACUCAAAACUCUAGAGGGAGAGUCUAUUGAAGACGUACCCGAGAAGAAGGUUCUUAUACACACUGUGUGUAAACCUAUACUCCCGAACGACUUACACGAGCUUGCUCUCCGUUUUUCUUCGUGGAGCAAACUUCUACGUAUAAUUGUAUACAUUUGUAGAUUUGCUAAAUUACUGCCUCGUCGCGGCACUAGUGCAGUUACCGCUGACGACUUAAAUUUCGCAGAGAAUAGAAUGCUUCGCGCUCUGCAAAAUCAGCAUUUUGCUGAAGAAUAUUCUCUUAUUAAAAAUAAUAAAACAUGUUCACCGGCAUUUAAUCGCCUAAGACCAUUUAUUGAUGAUGGACUUAUCCGCGUUGGCGGUCGUCUCGCCAACUCUGGACUUAGCUUUGAAAAAAUACAUCCGGUUAUAUUGCCUCGCAAUGGCCACGUGGUAAAUAUAAUCAUUGAUUAUUACCACAUUAAACAUUUACAUGCUGGACCCGAACUCCUAAUGGCCCUGCUUCGUCAGAGGUACUGGAUUCUGUCGGCACGCCGUAUUGUCAGGCAAAGAGUACAUAUGUGCAAUACUUGCUUUAGAUUUAAACCGCGUCCAACCAUUCCGCUGAUGGCGGAUCUUCCUGAUAUACGUACACGUCCAGCGUUGAAAGCCUUUAGUUUCACCGGCUGCGAUUAUGCAGGUCCUAUACCAUACGUUCCUGUACGCCGCCGUGGCGUACACAGCGAGAAUGCUUAUAUUGUGCUGUUCACGUGUCUCACUACGAGAUCUACGCACAUUGAGGUUGCUACCUCACUCAGCACCCCCAGUUUCCUCGCCGGGUUUAAAAGAUUCCUAUCACGUCGUGGUCCUGUUCAGGUGCUGCAUAGCGACAAUGCUAAAAACUUCCAGGGUGCUGCUUCUUACCUUCGGGACCUCUAUAAAUUUCUAAGAGAAGAAUAUUACCCGAAGCUAGAGCAGGAAUGCGCUGAAAAUCGCAUAACUUGGAAAUUCAUCUGUCCCAAUUCCCCACACUUUGGAGGUUCAUGGGAAAGUAUGAUCAAGGUGACUAAGACGAUCCUGUUCAAGGUCAUAGGGCAACAGCUCCUUUCUUAUGAGGAACUUUGCACUGUGCUCAUUCAGGUCGAAUGUCUUCUCAAUUCGCGUCCGCUAACAAUACUAAGCUCUGACCCUGCCGAACCUUCGGCUCUUACUCCAAGUCACUUCCUACAUACUGCGCCUCUAUUCUCCUUGCCUGCGCCUGAUGUCAAUCCAGACAAAAUUAACUUGGUUGACAGGUACUCGUUAAUAGAUAAAAUGGUCCAAUCGUUUUGGAAUCGUUGGAGGAUGGAAUAUUUGCACGGAUUGCAAGUUCGUUUGAAAUGGAAUACGCCUUCCGUACCUAUUACGCCGGGAACUGUCGUCGUAGUUAUAAAUGACAACGUACCGCCUCUGGCUUGGCCUCUAGCAGUAGUAGAGAAAGUGCAUCCCUCGAAAGACGGCGUCAUACGCGUAGCGACCGUUAAAAUUUCCGGGAGAACUUACGUCCGUCCGGUAGUUCGCUUAUGCCCUCUUCCGACGCAAUAA